AUGCUCCUAAGAUGAAUAUACUUUCCACUUAUGUCCUCAUUGAAGAAUGUCCUUAAUUUCCAAGCUGGACUUGGAGUUCUGGCAAAUACGUUUCUUCUUUUUUUCUACACUUUCAUAAUUCUAGGUCACAGACCUAAGUCCACGGACAUGAUCUCCUGUCAAUUGGCCUUCAUUCACACACUGCUGAUCAUCACUGGAGGGGAUAUUUGGAUUUGGGACAUAUUUGAGUCACUGAACGUUGAUAAUGAUUUCAAAUGUAAGACAACAUUUUACAUAAGCAGGGUGAUGAGAGGCCUCUCCAUCUGCAUCACCUGCCUCCUGAGUGUGUUCCAGGCGGUCACUAUCAGUCCUAGUACUUCUUUUUUGGCAAAAUUUAAGUAUAAACUAAAAAAGUACAUGAUUUGUGCUUUCUUAUUUAUUUGGUCUUUCAACUUGUUAUUCAUUAGUAACUGGAUCUUUUAUACUGGUACUUUUACCAAUGUGAGUGAGACCAACCAUAUGAAGGUCACUAAAUUCUGUUCACUCUUCUCCAUGAACUAUAUCAUCAGGGCACUGAUUUUAACAGUGGCAACCUCCAGAGAUGUAUUUCUUGUAGGAGUUAUGCUGGCCACAAGUGUAUACAUGGUGAUCAUCUUGUUCAGACAUCAGAGGCAAUGCAAGCAUCUUCACAGCCUCAGUCACCUGAGAGCAUCUCCUGAGAAAAGGGCCACCCAGACCAUCUUGCUGCUCGUGGCUUUCUUUGUGGUCAUGUACUGGGUGGAUUUCAUCAUCUCAUCCACCGCAGUCCUGUUAUGGAUGUACGACCCAGUCAUCCUGAGUGUUCAGAAGUUUGUGAUUAAUGUCUAUCCCACAAUUACUCCUUUGGUACAAAUCAGUUCUGAUAAUAGAAUAAUCAAUAAGCUGAAAGACAUGCAGUCUGUGUGCCACCUGAUUUUUUGGAGUUGA